CCGCCGCAAGCCCCGCCCUCAUAGCCCCGCCCUCCCUCUAUACCUGGACUGCCUGCCAGCGCAGCCCAGGCCACCACAGAGCGCUGGUCAGCGGGCGCCGAGAAAUGGACCGAUUUUGACAAGAUGUAGAGCUGCAGUGUGCCUGAUCAGACAUGUUCAGUCAUGGCAUCCGAACUCUGUAAGACGAUCUCUGUGGCCAAGCUUGAGAAGCACAAGAAUUUGUUCUUAAAUUACAGGAAUCUGCACCAUUUCCCACUGGAAUUACUGAAAGAUGAAGGGCUGCAACAUCUGGAGAGGCUAUACAUGAAAAGGAACUCACUCACAACCUUGCCAGAAAACCUUGCUCAGAAGCUUCCAAACCUUGUGGAACUGUACCUUCACUCAAAUAACAUAGUUGUGGUUCCAGAAGCCAUUGGGUCCCUUGUCAAACUCCAGUGUCUGGAUCUUAGUGACAAUGCCUUAGAGAUUGUGUGCCCGGAAAUUGGUCGUCUGAGAGCGUUACGUCAUCUGCGAUUAGCUAACAACCAACUACAAUUCCUACCUCCAGAGGUUGGCGAUUUGAAGGAGCUGCAGACACUAGACAUUUCUACCAAUCGUUUGCUAGCUUUACCCGAGAGGCUUCACCUGUGCCUUUCUCUGCAGUACCUCACUGUGGACCGCAAUCGGCUAUGGUGUGUGCCGCGCCAUCUCUGCCGGCUGCCCAGCCUCAACGAGCUCUCCAUGGCUGGAAACCGUCUUGCAUUCUUGCCACUUGAUUUAGGUCGCUCUCGAGAACUGCAGUACGUGUAUGUGGACAACAACAUCCACCUGAAAGGCCUACCAUCCUAUCUCUACAACAAAGUCAUCGGCUGCAGUGGCUGUGGCGUUACCAUCCAGAUGUCUGAGGUGAAGCUGCUCUCCUUUUCAUCUGGGCAGCUGACUGUCUUCCUCCCGGCUGAGGUGAAGGCCAUCGGCACAGAGAAUGAUCACGUCCUGCCUCUGCAGGAACUGGCCAUGCGGAGUCUCUACCACACCUACCACAGGUUUCCAAAAGGUCUGAACUUUUUGUCUCCAAUAUCAUUACCCAGAAGUCUCCUGGAGUUGCUGCACUGCCCCCUGGGGCACUGUCACCGGUGUAGUGAGCCCAUGUUUACCUUCGUCUAUCCCAAGCUCUUCCCCUUGAGAGAGACACCAAUGGCAGGCCUGCACCAGGGGAGGACAACUGUUGGCUUCGUGGCUUACUGCUGCUCCACCCAGUGUCUGCAGACUUUUGACCUGCUGAGCUGAUAAACACUCAAGAGCCUUAGCAUUGCCAGCUCAACCCUGCAGCGCCUGCUGUCGCCCAGCGUGCAUGGUGGGGCCAGGAGAGUCCAGCCAGACGGAACAGACCCUUCCAUCCUGUCCUGCCCUGUCCUGUCCAGUGCGGGGGCAUGCCGAACUCUCUGGAAAUGUUCUGAUUGGGCUAAACAACUAAAAGGCCUUCACCCUGCCCUCAAGUUGGAAUAUAUCCUCCCCCAAAUGAAGGACAUUUUGUCUUCUGUGUUUUUCUUUUUAUGUGAGUGUGUCUCAUACAUAAAGUAUUUAGUCAGAUGAGCUUCCCCACAUCUAAUUUAAAGCGGGCUGCAGUUCCCUGAAGAACUCUUAAUUUGAUAAUAGAACCAAAUUAACUGUUGGCCAAUAUACCUUUGGUGAUGAUCCUUCUGUCUUUCCCCAGAGGAUUACUCCCCUGGUGAUUAUUCUGGAAGCCUUCUCCAUUGGAAACUUGUCAGUUUCUAGAGUCUCAGCAACCCCUAUGGCCUCAGCAGUCCUGCACAGCAGGGCAGGGCGCCCAGGCUGGCGCAGCUAGGCUCCUGUGGAGGCACAGCAGGCUCCAGAGCACACGCCCUCUGGAAAGUUCCUGCCUUAUUUCUAAGUUUUGCAACCUAUGAAGACAUUUUUUGAAAGGGAUUUAAAAACAAAAAUGUAGAUACUAAUUAAAUACACUCUUGUUCUAAACUAGUACAGGAAAACAAGUUUUGAAAUGUCAGGGGGUUUUGCUAAGAUUUUCUUAUAUAUCAUUGGGAGGUUUGAGGCCCCUGAUCUUCUGCUGUGGAUGAGGCUUAGUGGUAUUUACCCCUACGUGAAAUCAUCUUCAUUUUGACUGAAUUCUCACUAGGAAAACAGAAGUGAACGGGUCCACAUUCCACCUCCAACUUCUGCAAAGCCCACGACAAGCUUUCCCUUGCAGAGAGACACGCUGUUUGUGGGGGAGUCCCUGAUUUCAUCUUCCUUUCAAAGGAUGGUGUUUUAAUCUGCUUUGCUUCCAGAUACUCAUCUGGUCACUGUGGAGAGGCUCUUUAAGGGGGUAAGCAGUUCUAUGUCUUAGUGGUAUAAUUUAUAGAAGACCAGGUUGAAAGGAGAAGCAGGAAGGGCUUCUUGGUUGAUAAGCUGUUUCCAAAACCUGUGGUUGAUGACAUUUUAUUAGCCAGCCUACCUGUAAUUCUGGGCUCUAACAGUGCCAAAAAUCCUACAUAGUUACUGACAACCGUGUGGUCUUUGCAGUCCCACCACCCGCUGCCCCAAAGCAGACUCUCCAAGUAAUGGCAGAGGCAGGCCAUGCAUGCAUGCCAGCUGUCAUCACUGUUUCUAUCCCCUGUCCCUUUCAUAACUUGGUCUGGUCAUUCUUAACAUUUCAAAGACCUAGAGUACAAUAGGAACUGAGGGUCUGGAUCAAAUGUGCCGCUUCUUUCUUCCUUUAGAAUAAUGGAAGUUUCGGCAUAACCCCUACAUGUAUAUAAGUUGGAGAGAAAAAUGUGACCUGAAGCUUCACGUGUGUAUUUGACUUAAGUGAUGGCUACCUAUCACAUGAAUGAUAUAGUCAACACAUGUGCUAUCCUAUGUCUUCAGCAGAGCCAUGAAAUGUGCCACCCUGAUACUCAGGAAUUCUCAUUGGGAUAAUCCUGUUGUUUUCACAUGUUUAGAUUUUUACAAAGGUGUUUAUACUCCAGACACCUUCCCUCUACCUGUUACGAACUGCAGUGUAUUGAACACCAGCAGUGGGUGGGGCGGACGGCCUCUAGGCUGUCAGUCUUAACCUUGGUUGGGUACAGCAUCUGGCUUAAUUGAUGAGAAAGAGAACUUAGAAGGUGGUUUCCCUGGUGCUGUUCCUCAUGGAGACUUUGUGCUGGACUCACUGAUAUCAUUGUUAACCUUUUGGUAUUAUAAAAAACUUAUCAACUGGAGAAAACUUGCCUCAAUGCUCUGUGCUCUGAUUGUGUCCAAAGCUCUAGAAAAAAAAGAAAAAGGAAGACUCUUUGUGUCUUUUCUUCCCUCCCUCCAUUUCUUCCGUGAGGAUCCUGCCCUGAGCACUGCACAUGCUAGGUAAGUACCCCAUCGCUGAGCUCUACCACCAGCCUGUAUGUUGUUUUUCCUGAUCAGGCAGGCAGAUCUUUCAUACAAUAACAAUCAUAAAACAAGUGAGCUGCUUGCAGCUCAUGUGUGGUUGAUUAGUGCUGAGUUCAAAGCUAGGAUCGCCUUGAGGAUAGCUCUUUCUACGCUGUGUGCUAGAACCAAGGCAUCCUUUUUAGUUGAUUGAGCCUCUGCUGAUGGAGCCCUGCUUUUCACCAGGUCCCCUUCUGUUUCCAUGUCUUUUGUGCAUGGCCUCCUGCUGUGUGAUUGGUUCCUUGCCUGAGUGGGAGUGGGAGGUCGUUCACUGGAACAAGGGUAACUCAUCAGUGGCUCCAGGGUCGACAGUGGCACCUCCUCCAGGGACAACCGUAGACCUGAGUGUUCCUGGGAGAGGGCCUGGCUGGCCUCUCCUCAUCCACAGUCAGACGCUGAUGGUUGCAGUUUUGUCAACGCCCUUGCUUGAAGAACUGGAGGAGCCCCGACGGCGGCUGCUCUGACUGGAGCAGCGCAGUGAACUGGGCUUGCUGUUUGGUCCUCUUUUAGAAACAUCUUUUGGUCAUUGCCCCGAGCACUCACUAGAGCCUUUCACACACAACUCACCGUUUUAACAAUCGUUUCACGUUGUCUCACACUGAAUAUUAUGAACUAAAUACAGUCUAAGAGAAAAGCCUUCAACACCACCUUUCAGACUCCGUGUAAUUUCCUUUAAAAUAUGAGUACUGCACGGUCUCCAGGGGCUUUGCAAGCCAGCUUGAAGGUCAGUAAUAAAAUUAAGUUUCUGAAGUUGAAAACUCAGACCUUACUUUGUCCAUAAAAAGUUCAAAUGUGACAAAUGCAUUAAUGGAAAUCCAAACAUCCUCAAAGUGAUGAGCGUGGAUUGUAAUGGAUGAGCACUGUGCAGCCUCCUGAGACCAGAUACUGAGACAUAUACUUGCUUUGUGUUUGGGUAGCUUUAUAGAUCACUGGGCCAGCAUAAUACUUCUAUUCCUUGUGAUUUCCAUCUUCUCUGUUUGUCCAGUUAACCUCUGCUGCAUUUCUUCAGGAAAUUGGAGCGUCUUGUCUACUCUUUAAUCAGAGAGGAUUCUACAAAACCCACACCCUGAAAAAAGCUCUAAACCCAAGUCUGACUGUCCCUAUCCAGGAAGUACCUCCCAGUGACAUCAGCUAGUAGAUCUAAGUGAUGUGGGUGUCUGUAGGAAAGAGACUGAGCAUAGCCCAGCGACUGUCAUCCUCGGGAAAAGACAGUGCUUCACAGUCUAAGAUGAUCUUUGAAGCAUGACUGCGUUGUCCUUUGUACUUGGGAGACUCAAAGUGCUGGCAGCCAGAGCGGAGGCAUGGCAGAGGGAGGAGCCUUUGGAGAUCACUUCUGUGUGUAAUUAAGACACAAGGGUUCCUAAGUUUGGGUUGGAUUUUUUGGUUUUGUCACCUUACAGUGUGGACAGGAUUAACCUUUCCAUCUGCAUUAAAGAAUAUCAGGUUUUGUUUUUCAUACUGUUCUAAGGGUGUGUGUGUGUGUGUGUGUG